AUGAUUUAAAGGUAGAUUUAAUUAUGACAUAAGCGAAUGGAUUAGCGUGUGUAUUUUUUUAAAUAAUUUUUUCCUAUUAAACUUUCACUUGUUUGUUUUCCUGUUUGGGAAUGUAAAUAAUAUAUCUAGUUUUAUAUGUAGAAAAUAUGGCUUGAUUGCUGCAGUAACAACUUCAAGAGGCAUCUAUUUGGAUUUGAAAAAAAAAAAAUCAAAAUGUCAGACGAAAAGAUUUUCUCAGAUGAUAAAGAAGAAUCUGUCAGUAUUUCUUCUUCUGUGGCAGGAUCUGGGAAAUAUACUGUGAAGAAACAAACUAGGUUUUCGACUCCGUUGGCCUUGUUCCUGUCAUGUCUUGGCUGUGUCGUAGGAACCGGAAACAUUUGGAGAUUUCCCAGAAUUCUAGCCAACAACAGUCAAGACGAGGGUUGCCUCGUGUUCAUCAUAGUCUGGGUUAUCUUCCUACUCCUCUGGUCCAUACCAAUACUUAUCGUCGAGUACGGCACAGGAAGGUUCACGCAGAAGGCUGUCAUUGGAUCUUUCCAAGAGCUGGGCGGUGCCAAGGUCACGUGGUGUGGGGCCUGGAUUUGUCUGGUGUCCUUUUGCAUAUCUUGCUACUACGUAGUCAUCCUGGGCUGGUGUUUCUAUUACAUCAUUUAUUUCAUCGCCAACGAGCUGCCGCAAGACGCCACAGAGAGCCGCAAGAUAUUCAAAGACUUCGCUGAGGACAGCUACUGGCCUAUCCUAACAACUGGCAUCGCUGUUCUAUUGGCUGCUCUCUCAGUCAGCAAAGGUGUGAAAACUAUAGAGAAGGUCUGCACCUACCUUGUGCCGGUGCUGCUGCUGAUUCUGUUGUUUACUUUCGUUUGGUCAUUGACCAGGGAGUACGCGGAUGUCGGCAUCAAAUAUAUGUUUACACCGCACUGGGAUUCCUUCUCAAAUCCUAGAGUGUGGGUGGAUGCAGUCACGCAGAACGCCUUCGACACCGGGGCAGGAGCCGGCUUGCUGAUUCCCUACGCAGCUUACAUGAGCAAGCAUCACGGGAUAGUGCGAUACGCCACCGUGGUGCCCACAGUGAACAACCUGGUCAGUUUGAUCUCUGGGAUAACUAUAUUCUCCACCGUCUUCUCGUCGCUGAUUGCCUCUACGCCAUACGUGACCAACUCUGACAUCGUUGGCAUCAUUAAGGACAGCGGCCCUGGGAGUACUGGCCUGACAUUUAUCUGGAUUCCAGUUUUAUUCGAGUCAGUUGGUGUGUUUGGGAGAGUCCUGGCAUGCCUGUUCUUCCUGUGUUUGUCUCUGGCUGGCCUGACUUCAAUAAUCGCAAGUUUUGAACUGUUCACCCACACCUUGGUAGAUUUUAACUUGAGAAGACCUUUUGCCAUCCUUAUAAAUACCUGCCUUAUAUUUGGCUUUGGCAUGUUGUCUGCAACAAACAUAAACAUACUUACUAACCAGGAUUUCGUCUGGUCAUUUGCACUCAUCAUUAACGGCUUUAUGCUCAUCAUUUUAGUGUUUAAAGUUGGCGUUAGGAAUUUCCGAGAACGAGUCAUCAACAGCUUUGGUUCAGAUGACUGGAGACUAAACAUAGCAUGGGAAUGGAUCAUAGCGGUGAUAGUGCCUCUAGAAGGUUUGGCCGUGAUCGUAUGGUGGUCAGUUGACCUCAUAGAAUCUCCCCCUGGAGAUGAGUGGUACGAAUUUGGCAGAGAAACUUUCCUAACUACGAUAGUACAGUGGUUAGGUCUCCUGAUACUUAUCAUCCUGACAAACAUUCUGGUGAGCUGCGUCUGCCACUGGAGAAGGAAGAAAAGAGAUCAAGAAGGGGCCCCAGUACUGACCAGAUACAGCCCCAACUACUCAGCCACGAGGGAAAACCCCUUCAGGCAACAGGAUCAAGCAAAUCUAUAAACAAAAUGGCACCUUAUUUGUUUCCGUGUGUACCAGCAGGCUAUUAGCCAUGCUGUAACUUGCAGCCACUGACUCUACAUUGUUCAAUUCUUAAAAUGGUUCUUUUGACCCAGGUUACUAUUACUGUGUAUAAUUAAAUUGAAAUAUACUGUCCAUGUAGCGAAUCAACUAACUUUUGUCUGUGCUGCAGUUACAAUAUUUUAUUAUAGAUAUUAUCAUUUUACAUUAAAUUCAAAAUUACUUCAA